AUGGCUGACACGCACGGCCCGUGUGACCCCGCAUUCAAUUCGGUACGCGAGCUUUUUCAAAAGAAAAUCGCGAGUGGCGAAGAGGUGGGUGCAUCACUGUGUAUCAACAUCGACGGCAAGAACGUCGUCGAUAUUUGGGGAGGUCAUACAGAUGAAUCCAAGACUCGGCCUUGGAAUGAGGAUACCAUAACACCGGUAUGGUCUUGCUCUAAAGUUGUCACCAAUCUGGCUGCGCUCAUCUUGGUCGAUCGUGGCUUGUUGGAUGUGAACGAGAAUGUCGCCAAAUACUGGCCGGAAUUCGGCGCAAAUGGGAAAGAAAAUGUGAAGGUGGCCCAUAUCCUAAGUCAUUCCUCUGGUGUCUCCGGCUGGGAACCGUCGCUUAAGAUGACCUGGGAGGAUAUCUACGAUGUCAAGUCAGCGAACGAAAAGCUUGCUGCACAAGCGCCCUGGCACGCUCCUGGUGAACUCAAUGCUUACCAUCUAGUGAAUCAAGGCCAUCUAGUUGGUGAGAUUGUUCAGCGCGUGAGCGGCAAGUCACUACGACAAUUUAUUGCGGAUGAGAUUGCGAAACCUUUGGAUGCAGACUUCGAUCUCGGAAGACCGGAAAAGGACUGGCCACGUAUUGCUCCUGUUCUCCCUCCCCCUGAUGUUGAUCCUGCUGCCUUUGCCAGUCUCGACCCCAAUGGUGUCACAGCAAAGACCUAUAUGGGAUCUCCUUUGAUAGGUUCUGGCGAGAAAUGCAACACACACGGAUUCUGGAAAUCAGAGAUGGGUGGUGUGGGUGGCAUUUCCAAUGCACGGGCUCUGGCUCAAAUUGGCUCUAUCAUGUCUCUCAACGGCACGGUCGGUGGAAGGCAGUAUCUGUCGCCAGAAACUAUCGAUAAGGCAGUUCAGGAACAGAUCGCCGGACCGGAUGCAUCUCUGCCUUGGAUUCCAGAUGGCCGUCUCUGUUUCUGGGGCGGAUGGGGUGGCUCGGUUAUUAUCAUGGAUCUAGAGCGCCGAGUAACCAUUGCCUAUGCUAUGAACAAGAUGCAGCAAGUCGCAUUAGGGAACGAUUGUUCCAAGGCGUAUGUUGAGGAGAUCUACAAAGUCCUCAAGGUCUUUUAG